AUAAAACAGAAGACACAUAAAGAGAGAGGAGCCACCACCUCCUCUCCUUAGUGGUUUGAGGCUUUGAGCCAACCAAAGACACAGGAAGAGAGAAGGCAAAAUAAAGAAGAUAACAUGGCACUGAGAAUGUGGGCUUCUUCUACUGCUAAUGCUCUGAGAGUCUCUUGUGCCUCCAAAGCUCACGUGUCUCCUGCAUUUUCUCUCUCAAGAUGCUUUUCCUCUGUUUUGGAUGGGUUGAAGUAUGCAACUUCACAUGAAUGGGUGAAGCAUGAAGGCUCAGUGGCAACAAUUGGUAUCACUGAUCAUGCUCAGGACCACCUAGGAGAAGUAGUGUUUGUGGAGCUACCAGAGCCUGGUGGUUCAGUUUCAAAAGGAAACGGCUUUGGAGCUGUGGAAAGUGUGAAAGCAACCAGUGAUGUCAAUUCCCCAAUCUCUGGCGAGGUUGUUGAGGUCAACUCUAAGCUUAGUGAAGCGCCUGGUUUGAUCAAUUCAAGCCCAUAUGAAGAUGGAUGGAUGAUCAAGGUGAAGCCUAGUAAUCCAUCAGAGUUGGAAUCCUUGAUGGGUCCAAAGGAAUACACGAAAUUCUGUGAGGAAGAAGAUGCUGCCCAUUAGAAUUUUCCAUAUGUUUUUUGUGUAUGCUUUUCUUGAACCGACUUACCUUGAGCUGUUAAAGGUCAAUAUCUUCAGAACUGCAGGCUCCAACUAUGUGAAGUCUGCUAUCUUUUCUUUCUUUAUUGUUCUUCAACCUUUUUGUAUUUCUGCAUCUUCAUGUAAUCAAGAACCAUUCCUCCUUUCUAUCUCACCCCAUCUACUGUUCUUCAUUCAA